CUCCGUUGGACCACCAAUUACACGUGUAAAACGUCCAGUCUCACAAGCGUACAAGCUACGCCAGCAAUAAAUUCGUGAACAUUUUGUGGGUGAAAUGUCUCCAUGACUCCUCUCAAACCUACGCGAAUGAAUUAAUAUGAAGAUACUGGGAGUGACAUGUCUCCCUGUCAGCCCUCAAAACGACGCGGAUGUGUAAAUGUUUAUUCAUUUUAGAUUGCUUUAAAUUGGUUUACACUUACAUAUACUAUGCAUCCCUGUGGUAUGCUUAUUCGGCUUCAUCCAAACUUUAACUCCGCGAGUUCACAGGGGACCGACGGGCUCGAGUUCUUUUAGCCCUAUAAAUGAUAAGAUUGGUGAGCGCGCUCUGAAAGGCGAUGGCGCGCAAUCUAUCUUGUGAUUUUAGUAGUUCCGUUUCCAGCGUCAGUCAGUCGGGAACAGCGCUGAGGAAAGGAGUAAAGGCGGUUUUCGAGUCAUGCAACACCGCUCUCAAUUCAAGCCCUAUGCAAUACCUUACUUACAGUAGUGCUGCUGAACUUGAAUGCUCGUCGCACUCAAUGAGAAUGCCGUGUUCCAAUUCGUUAGAGUAAUUAUGUUGAAAGUGACGCGUUAUCACUCCGCACCUUUGCAAGGGGAUGAAGAAGUUGUUGCUUGGCUGGUGUACCACUUUUGACGGAGAGAGCCGUAUAUUUAUCGCGGGAAUGUGCAGCAUCGUGGAACAAGAAGAAAAAGAAACAGCGGUGUUACACACAGAAAAUAACCACGGGAGACAAUUGUUCAAAUAAGAUUUAUUCGUCUCAGUUUGUACCUUGUUUACAUCUUGCUGUCCAUAUAAGCUCUGACUUAAUCAAGGUGAUAUAAAAAUUGUUCUGCCAGCAACGAACUUUCGGUCUCGUGCCAUGGCAGGUACUCCGGUUUCAGGUGUGCUGCUGCUGUGCGCCUCGCUCCUACCGUUCGCACAGCCGAGUGGACAGGUUCCCAACUGCCAGGUGGUACGCUCGUCCUUCCAGCUCCUCCACCCGGGGGUGAAGUGGACCCCCGAGACUCCUGUUUCAGGUGCUGACCUGCAGGUAUGCCAAGCCAAGGGCCUGACGUGCUGCUCACGGAGAAUGGAGGAGAGGUACCUGGUUGCAGCUCGACAGGACAUGGAGUCCAGUUUGCAGGCUUCCAGCGCCCAGCUAAAGCUCCUGAUCAUACAGAACGCUGCCAUCUUCCAAGAGGCCUUCGAGAUGGUGCUGCGUCACGGCCGGAACGCCACCCUGCUGACGCUGAGGGAGGAGUUUCGGGGCCUGGGGGGCGGAGCUAACAGUGCGGUGGGCCAGCUGUUCCUGGACAUCUCCCUCUACAUCCUGGGCUCCGACUCCAGCGUGGACGACAUGGUGUCCUCUUUCUUCUCCCGCCUCUUCCCUCUGGCCUACCGGCGCCUCCUAGCGGUCGGGGAGGGUGGCGGCGGCGCAGUCUCGGAGGAGUGCCUGCGGGGGGCCUGGAAGGCCGCGGGGGCGUUCGGGCCCUACCCAAAGCUGGCCAUGACGCGGCUGUCGCGCCCCCUGCUGGCCACGCGGGUCUUCCUGCAGGCGCUGAACCUGGGCAUCGAGGUGGUGAACACCACGGACCACCUGCGGCUGGGCCGGGAGUGCGGGCGCGCCCUGCUGCGGCUGUGGUACUGCCCGCGCUGCCGGGGCCUGAUGGAGGCGCCGCCCUGCCGCGCCGCCUGCCUGGCGGCCAUGCGCGGGUGCCUGGGCGGGGCAGGCGAGGUGCAGCCCCACUGGCGGGGCUACGUGGAGGGGCUGGGGGCGCUGGACGGAGCCAUGCGGGCCGAACGGGGGGACAUGGAGGCCGCCGUGCUGCGGCUGCCCGCGCUCGUCCGGCUGGCCCUCAGACACGCCCUCGCCGCCCGCGGCCGGCUCGUCACCACGGUGAGCAGUAAGUGCGCACGCUCCCCCCAGCGUGUCUCGCGCUCAGCAGUGCCCUCUCCUGGCCGCACCCCGCCUGCUCCCAUGCCCCACGGUCAACAGCCUGUGCCCUUUGACCCGGAAGAGACCCUGGCCGGUCGACGCAGGGAGUUCAUCAACAGCCUGAGGAGCUUCAGCACUUUCUACAGUGGCCUAGGGGAGGCGCUGUGCAGCAGGGAGGCCGUCGCGCUCAACGACUCCCUCUGCUGGAACGGCCUGGAAGUGACUGACAGGUUUCCAGCCCCGGGGGCGAAGCGAGCUCAGGCGCACGGCUCGGACUCCAAGCACAGGGGCCCCGAGCCGGUCAUCAGCCAGAUCAUCGACAAGCUCAAACACAUCAACCAGCUCCUACCACUGGUGACAGUACCUGAGCAACCCUGGCGAGCACGCCCUAAGGGAGGCGGCAUUGAGCGAAGGAGAGAUGGACAUGAUGAUGAUGAAGAUGAAGAGGGGGAAGGCCUCGUGAGUGGAGACUGCGAUGACGAAGAUGAGUGCAACGAGAUCUCAGGGCUGGGACCACCCCCUCAUCACAAACGCCUCCGUAUUUUUGCAGACCUGGCUGAUAACCUGGCCAUGGAUGACCUCACCUUCCACCAGCAGCUGCUGACUCCCCGGGUGUCCGCGGGUGCGGAGGGGGCACAGUCGGUGGCAGGAGGGGCCAGGGGCCUGAGCGGGGCCACCCCAGGGGCCGCCACCCUUCUGACUGUCCCACUGAUCCUACUCCGGCUCAACUGACUGGACAUGCUUAUUCCCAACCCCGCCUUUCUUUUUAUUCUUUCUCUCUCUCUCUCUCUCUCUGUCUCUGUCUCUGUCUCUCUCUCUGUCUUGGCAUUUGUUCUCCCUGGAUUCUUGGACCUAACUCAAAUCACCAGGUGCUAGAAAAUUGGCUUUUUUUACAGCAACUCCCAAUGCAUCUCAGAAUCAUACUUUGAAAUUCGUCAUCAGAACUGUUGCGGAAAACGGACAUCUGCUCUUCCAUCCCCCCCCCCUUUUUUUUCCCCUCAAUGACUGUUUUAAGAUGAGGUACUUACAGUAACUCCAUCCCUUUCUGACCCUCUUCCACCAGUACGGACGCUCAAGGACCCCCCCACCCAAAAGGCAGAGUACCCCUAACACUAGCCCUACACACAGCAUGUAAAUAAGUCACCCGUUUCCUUCAAGCAUGUCUAAAUGCUGACAGAUUGUGUCAUACAGGACUUACGCCCGCCUCUGCAGCACCACCUUCUCAUAAGCACUGAGCUCUGGGAGUCAACAUCUCUGCCCCGCGAUCUACUGCUAGCCAAGGGGCCCUGCAGGUACGUCCAGCAGGAAAGAUAUAAAACAUGUUGGUUAAGAGAAAGAAAAAAAACACAGAAAGGGAAUGUCGGAAAUGAGCGCCUUCCCCCUGGGUGGAGCAGAUCUUUGCCGUGAUUUGCAGUGUUGUUUCUUGCCACCUGUGUCCGGUCGUGGCGGAGACCGGCUGCGAAUGAACGUCUGCACUCACCUCUGCUGCGCGCGGCCUGUGCAGACACCAGCACGGCGAGGAACGCGAUCAGGGGGGGGCGCCUGCGUCCUCCCGAAUUUCAUCCAGGACGAGCCACGCGCACCUGCGAUCCGUUUAAAAACCGUGCUCUGGAACAUGGUCCGCCAGCGUGCCCUCGUUCAGCCUCCCGCGCCACGAUCCGCUCUUGUUGCCGUUGACUUGGCACCGCGUUGAGUCGACUCAAAAGGUUGGGGUCACGACGGGCACAUUUGGCUGCCCGUUCGUCAUCCUAAAAUGCUCCUUGCCUCAGUGUUCACAAUAAAGGGUACCUCCAGCACCUCUUAAGUUCUUCAUGAAUACCUACACGGAAGAAUGUUAAAAACCUUGUGGACCUGAUGUGUAAGAAGAGGUGUUUAUGACACCCAUGUUUGAGCUGUUGGAAAUCAGUUUCACUAGUCUUCUCCAAUGGCUGGGUCACAUGCUGGUGAAGCAGAACACGUUAUGAUUCAGAUCCUGGCCAUUCAUUCUACACCCAUGUACUGAUUGUGUAAAAAAUAUGAACACUUCUUAAAAUGUCUUAUGUACCUUGGGCUCGUACAGCUGUUUAAACUGGUAUGAGAAAUUAUUCUCAAAUUUGAGUAAGAAGAAAAUUAAAUGUCUUUGUUGACUGUGUCUAGUUUCUUAUCUUUCUUCUGAAAGAUGGACCUUUGGUAUCAAAAGAAAAGAAGCAAACAUGAAAAGUGAACAUAAAAUACUUCUUUUACAGCGUUUACUGAAAAGGGGAAGGCCUCUCGGUCAAAAAAGGGUAUUGAAAAUUUUGGACAUGGACUGAAUAUGUCAUGUAGUGCCUAGUUUAAUCUAACUCGCAAACUUUGCCAACCCUUCAGUUAAGCACUUAGUAGUCUAUUUGGGUGUUUUAAGAGUAGAUAUACUUGUGCUGAGGCGACAUGAAUUGUCUUGUAAGAUACUUUUUUUUUUGCUGAUUUGUCAUUGAUAUUGGAGAAAAAUAAAUAAUUUCCACAUUUACAAAAAAUAAAGGAACUUCAAAUCACUGUU